AUGUCUGAUUUGGAUGAUGAUUUAUUGGCUUUAGCCGGUGCCGGAACUGACGAGGAAGAAGAGGAUGAAUUCCUAUCAACAUCCAAAAAGCACGCUAGCAAGGAGUCAUCCGGAAGCAAAAGAAGGCGUAUAAUGAAAGACGAUGAAGAUGAAGAUGAAGAUGAAGAUGACAAUGAUGAGGAGGAUGACGAUGGAUAUAUGCCAGCGGACUCUUUCGACAAUGACGAGGAAGAAGAAGAAGAAGAAGAAGAAACAGACUCAAUCCCCUUUCCGUUGGAAGGUAAAUACAAGGAUGAGAAAGAUCGUGAAAAGCUAGAACUGUUGCCGGAAAUGGAAAGAGAAUCCAUUCUCUUCGAAAGAUCACAACAGAUGCAAAAGUAUCAAGAACGCAAAUUGUUGAGGCAACAUGCGAAAUCCAUCAAGCAACAACAACAACUGCAAAGGGAGGGUUCAAAAUCGACCCGUGCCUCUACUAGAUCCUCAAGAACCACUGGUCAUUCUGAUUUGAAACAAUCUAAGCUUUCAGAACUUAAGAAACAAAGGGCUAAAAAGAGUGGAAAUUAUGAAUUUAGUGACAACGAGUCUGAAGAUGAUUACAGAAGCGAAGAUGAUAGCCGUGGCCGAAGAAGAAGAGGCGAUUAUGACGACGAAGAAGAGGAAGAGUCGGAAUACGAUGAGGAAGAAGAUGACUAUGAUCUGGGCUAUGAAAAAUCAAAGACCCGCGGAAGAGAGCGCGCAGAUAUUCAUGAAGUAGAAUGGGCUGAAGAUGACAAUUUGGACAGGGAGUCUUCCCUUGAUGAUUAUAAUAAAAUACAAAUUGGCCGUUCCUUUGUCGCUAAAUUUUGCUUCUAUCCCCAUUUCAACAAGAUAGUGGAAGGAUGCUACGGUAGAGUGAACAUUGGUAAGGACAAGCACACAGGUAAUUCAAUGUAUCGUAUGGUAAAAAUUGAACGUGUAUUUUUACAAAAACCAUACAACAUGGGUAAAUUCUUUACUAAUCAAUAUUUUGGUGUCACUCAAGGCAAAGACAGAAAAAUUUUCCAGAUGAGCUAUUUCAGUGAUAGUCCUGUCACUCAACCAGAAUACGAGCGUUAUUUACUUUCUUUGGAAAAAUACGACAUUACACAGCCUUCACCCUAUAUUCUAAAUAACAAGUCCAAGGCAGUAAAUGAAUUCGUAUGCGAACCUCUCACACCGAAAUUGAUGGACGAUAUCGUUCGUAAUAGAAUGGUAUUCAAUAAGAAACUUUCAGGUACAAAUGCUGUCAUGGAAAAACAAGUGCUCAAAGAAAAACUGCAAUUCUCUAAACAAUCUGGCGAUAUUGAGAGUGAAAGUAAAUAUGCUAACCAACUUAAAGCAUUAGAAAAGAGACUAAGUUCCUAUGAGAAGCAUCAUGAAAACGAUCAGAAUGACAUAAAGACCUUGGGUGCUUUAACAUCCAAGAACAGAAAAUUGAAUAUUGAUCGAAUCAGACACGCAGAAACAAUCAAGAGAGAAGAAGGUGUAAAUAAAGUGGAUGCCAAGAGUGAUCCAUUCAGUAGACUAAAAACAAGAACAAAGAUCUACUACCAAGAAAUUCAACAGGAAGAAAACGAAAAGGCAAGAGAAGAAGCUAAAAGGCAACUAGAAGUUGACCAAGAAGCUGAAGAACAAAAGAAAAAGGAAUUACUGCUUGCUAAAUUCAGACGUCUUGGUGGCCUCGAAGAAAUCAUUGGUUCUCUAGAUCUAAAAUUACACAUAGAUAUUUAA